UUGCUCUUCCAUGUCUUCAGUAGUAGUUCCAUGUCCAUAUAUUAUUAUUUCAUGACUAAGUCUAUCCAUAGUCAUAGUUCUAGAUUCUCUAACUCUAUAGAUCUUGAAACAAAAUCUAUACCUAUAGAUUAGAUCUAGACAGUCACUUGGAAGGCCAAUUUUAGGAUAAACAAAUAUCAAGGAUGAAUUCCCAAAGACUGCUGUCUAUUCUAGUUUCAAGAACACUGACUCAAAGAACACCAGCCCCCUCAAUACAAUCAUGGUCAAGAUUACGGGCUACUUCAGUUGUCCAAGAAAAACGCUUUUGUUCCUCUGUACCUAAACCACAGAAACAAUUAGUGAAUGUGACAUUUUUAUUGCGGGAUGGUAAGAAACAACAAGUCAAGGCUAAAGUGGGUGACAAUUUAUUGGACAUCAUAAUUGAAAACAAUGUGGAUAUAGAUGGAUUUGGUGCAUGUGAAGGAACCCUGGCCUGCUCAACAUGUCAUUUAAUCUUCAAGCCAGAAGAUUUCAACAAGCUACCUGAUAAGCCCACAGAUGAAGAGCUAGAUAUGCUAGAUUUAGCAUUUGGACUAACUGAAACGUCACGGUUAGGUUGUCAAGUCAUAGUAACAAAAGAUAUGGAUGGCCUUGAGAUAACAGUGCCGAAAGGAGUUUCAGAUGCAAGGAAAUGAUGUGUUUGAUUUCCCAUGAGGUUCACUAGUUCCAGAAAGAUUCAAAGACUAAAUUAAGAAAUUCUCCAGAAAGAAUAAUUAUCAGGCUGUACUUGUAUAGAACUAGACUAAAUAAUAUGCACAUUCUUGUUAACUUAAGAUUUUAUUCAAUGAUUAUGUUGAUAUUCUGUAACAGGGGUUGGCAGUCCCUUAGUAUUGCUGUUUGCCACAAUAAGAUAUUCAAAUCCUUUUGUCUAAGUAUAUAAACCAUUUUUAUGGGUAGCUAUUAUUGAAACAAUUUUAUUCUCUUUGAAAUUCUUUUAAUAUUUUAAUAAGUCAAAGAAUUUAAACACCCUUAAUGUUUUAGUACUUUGCCUCUUCAUUUUUAAAACCAAUUUUCAUGCCAGUAAUCCAUGUUUCUGAAUCAGUUGGGGCACCACAUAUGAUCAACCAACUAGUUCCCUCCAUUCCUCUAUUUUCUGCCAUCCUAAAUUUCUUAGACAAUUGUAAGGCCUUUCAUUCUUAAUAUUAUCUUCCUACUUUUUUUCCCACUUUCUUUUGACAUUGCUUACUGCCAAGAUAUUUCAAACUUGAUGUUAUAAACUAAAAAAGUCCAAACUGUAUUUUGGUAAUAAACAUUAGAUGUUCAGGAAAUAGUCCCUCUUUAGGUGUAUCCUAAAAAAAUUUGGCAAGCAGCUCAAUUCUUAGUACCAUGCCAGUAGGACUGGAUAGGGGAGGGAUAUAGGCUGCAAAAGAAAAGAAAAGGAACUUUUCUGAUAUUGGGUAGUCUGAAACAGAUUUUAAAGAGGUUAGUGAAAAGUAAAGCUCAUAUGCAUGGGUCACUUGAACUCUACUGAAAAGGAAAAUAACUUUGUGUAAUUAUUAAAAAAUAUUUCAAUACCAGAUAUCUGAUUUGACCACAAACAUCUAAAUAGAUCAAACAUCUAAUUAGUUCAGAUAGAGAAUUGGUAGAUAUUUGUAAAACUAAAACUCACUCAAAAACAUUGGUAACAGGCAUACUAGAUGUCUUCUUUCUGACAUCAUCCUUGUCAUCUUACGUUUAUGUAUUCAUUUUCUAGAAUGUAAUUGCACUGUGCCUAAUGAAAUGUACAUAAUUGGGUGAAACUUGUGUCACAAUAAAACCAUGCUGAAAUUACAUUUAUAGCUCUUUGUCUGAGUUUACUGUGACAAGAUAGUCUGACAUUUUAUCAAGGAGGAAACUUUUAAACAUUUUAAAAUCCAAUAUUUCUUGAAUACAGGAUAGCUUCUUUUUUAUUGGAUAUAUCCUUGAACUGAAAUUUAUUUGUCUUUUUCAGCAAGAAAAAAUAUGUUUUAAUUUAUAUUUCCAGAAAAAAAAAUGAUAUUUAAAAAAAAAAUUGUGUUUCUAUCAUUUUCUUAGGUACGCCAUUAUGGUGUACCAUGUCAUGGCUUGUAUGUUUUUCAUAGUUUGCCCACCCCUGUUCUAGAAGAGUAAUUGUAUUGGUUACAUUUUGUCGUCAUUUGAUAUAUUACUGAUUUGAAAUGCUAAUAAAUAGAAGAUUUGAACUACUACUAAAUAGAAAAUGAUUCUGAUUCUGAUUUUUUAAAAAUUGUUAAUGUCAUUAUAAUAUAUUAAAUUAUUUUUAAGAAAAUAUCAUGCAGUUUACUAAGUCUUAUUUCUAUUGCAUUUAGGAUGUGACAAAAACGUUGUGUCAAAUGUCAUUCUCUCCCACGAAUUUUAUGUUAUCCAAUUUUUACUUUAAAAUGUUUGUUUCCUUAUUGAUUUUUAUAGUUCAAGGUUAGUAGCCCUUAUGCAAUAUAUAGUUGUGCAGCAGAAUGUAAGGCCAGUGUCAAAUUAUGAAUUCAGUGUCACUUUAACUAAGAUAGAUGACAUGUCUGAAUCCCCAUAUCACAAAUUAAUACAUCAUGAUUUAAAUAUUUACUGUUACAUAGCAUUUAUUGAUCAAAUGCCAUGUUCUUAAAAAGUACAUUUACUGCGAUGACAAACCUUUUCUCAUAUCACUGAAAAGGGAAUGUUUGUAAAAUGCUAAGUAUGCAUAUAGUUGAUUUUGUUAUAUUUUUUUUUCCAUUGUUGAGUAAUGUACUAUAUAAAUAAUUAUGUUUACCAUACAUCCAUACUACAGUACAUUAGCCACUGUUUUGUGGGCUGCACUUGUUGUACUUGCAAUGUAUUGGAUGUUUGUUAUCUUGGUGCUUUCAUGUAGAACAUUAUUUGCUAUACAAUUACAGUGAUACUGCUCUUGUAAUACUAUCACCCAGUAUCUAUGUAUGUUUGUGCAAAUCAAUGCAAAGGCAAAGCUGCACAAAAGAAAAAAAAAUAUCUGUUACAUGUUUUUUUCUGCAUAAAAGCAAUAUCAUUUUAGAUGUAAAAAAAAAAAAAGUACCCUUUCAAGCCUUGUAGUGCAGAUGAUGUAAAGUAUAUGGCCAAUGGAUAACAAGGGUGUCAUGUGGCCAGCACAAUAAUCAUUUACUUCUCAAAAUCCUGAAAUUCAAAAUCUUAGUCUUCACCGAGAUCGAAUGCAAGCCCCCUCGAUUCAAAAUCCAAGCACUUUACCACUCAGCCACCACACUGUGGUAAUUUUAUUAAUUUCCACUAGGUCAAUUAAAAUAUGAAAACUAGUGACUAAUUUUAUCUUUUUAGCAUACUAUUAACAUGCUAACAUAUAAAUAUAUUAGAAGAACUGUUCCAAAGAAGUUUAUUGUAUGACUUAUCAGUAAAAAAAACAACACAACUUUUAUUCAUAUUUGAAAUGUUUAAAAUAGAUGCAGAUAAUGAAAUCAAUGUUUACCAGCAUCAGAGAAAUAGACAUAAUAUAUGUAUAUGGGUAAGCUACAUACAUUUCCCAGUUGUUGUUUUUUUAAAGUAGUAAUGUCCACUCUCACAGAUUUCAAUGAGAAUAGAAUACUACUGUAGCAACUUGGUCAAUGAAAGGCCUAUACAAUGGUUGUCAACUAUAAUUGCUGGAUUGAUGAAUUAACUUUUGUUCAUUUGUGACUGCCCAGAAGUAGGUUGCUAGAUAGGAAGCGAAUGUUGUGUGUGAUUUGGUGAAUGUAUUUAGUGUGUGUCAACAGAUUUUAGAAUUUAUUUUAAUCGGAUUUUUAACAGAAAAAAAAAGAUGAAUGCAUAAUAAAAGAAAUGCUCACAAUA